UUGUAGUAAAAGCCUGCGCCAAAAGAACAAUGAAUAAGAAAAGGUACUUUCUGGACCACCCAGUGGUCAAAGAUUACAUGGUUAAAGGAGAAAGGUUUACCAAGUGGUCAGAGGUUUCCACUUACAAGACCAAAUAUGGUUCCUUGAUAUUGUAACGGUGAAAAUGUCUCCUUACAAGGACUCCACCAAGACUGUUCCUGUAACUAUGAAGAUGGACAUGAAAGGAUUCUACCUCUACUGGACAAAUCAAAGCAAGGAGACAACAUUCUUGGAUGUAGCUACGAUCAGAGAUACCAGGACGGGGAGAUACGCUAAACUUCCCAAACACCCGAAGGUCCGCAAUGUGUUCAACUUGGAUUUCCCGGACAGCAAUCACCUGUCCAAAACGCUGACUGUUGUCUCUGGUCCUGAUACUGUCAAUCUGACCUAUCAUAACUUCUUUGCCUCCAAGGAUAAAGCGACACAGAACUGGGCGAAUGACAUUCUUGCAAUUGCGUACAACGCUGCAAGGAACAAUGCCUGCAGGCAGGUUUUCCUGGACAAAGUAUAUGUUCGGAUUUGUCUUCAUACCAACAAGGACGGCAAGAUCCCGGUGAAAAAUAUUUACAAGAUGUUCCCUGCUGAUAAGAAGAGGGUGGAAAGUGCCCUGGCGUCCGCACAUCUCCCCAAAGGAAAGUUUGAAAGCAUGAAGCCUGAUGUCUUCACUGAAUCCGCCUUUAAGAACUUCCUGGCACAUCUCUGUCCUCGCCCCGAAAUCUAUGAGAUCUUCACUGCUUACUCCAACAAACCCACCAUGACGAAGGAGCACUUCACCAAGUUCCUCAAUGAGAAGCAGAGAGACUCUCGCCUCAAUGAGGAACUGUUUCCUCGACUGCGGCAGGACCAGAUCAGAGCUUUGAUGGUCAAAUAUGAACCCUGCAACACCAACUGUAACAGAGGUCUGAUUACUCCAGAAGGCCUUCUGUCCUUUCUCAUGGGUCCAGAGACGUCCGUCGUCAUGCAGGACAGGCUGGCCAAGUGUCAGGACAUGACCCAGCCCAUACCCCAUUACUUCAUCAAGUCCUCCCACAACACAUACCUAACAGCUGGUCAAUUUUCCGGUGUUUCCUCUCCGGAGAUGUACCGCCAGUGUCUGCUGUCCGGAUGCCGGUGUCUGGAACUGGACUGCUGGAAGGGCAAACCACCAGAGGAGGAGCCGAUCAUCACACACGGCUUCACCAUGACCACUGAGAUCCUUUUCAAGGAUGUGAUUGAGGCCAUUGCUGAGAGUGCCUUCAAAACCUCACAGUAUCCUGUUAUCCUUUCCUUCGAAAACCACGUUGACUCGGUGAAACAGCAGGAGAAGAUGGCCAACUACUGCAAAACCAUAUUUGGUAAUGCCCUGCUGACAGAGCCUCUGGACAAAUACCCACUGAAACCAGGUCAGCAGAUCCCGAGUCCAUCUGAGCUCAUGGGCAAGAUCCUGAUCAAGAACAAGAAGGGCAGCCAUGAGAAGACAAAUCAGGCGACAAAGAAGAGCGGCACGGCAGCCAGUGACGAGAUGACAACCACAGCUUCAGCCGCACAAAACGCUGACACGCUUUCCCGAGAACCUGUCAGCCAGACCAACAGCAAUAUGGAGAACCACGAUGGGGAAAUGGCGGGGGAGGACAAUGAGGAGCAAGAGGACACAGGUGAACAGGAUGAGGAAAAAAUGAAGACAUGUGACGAGGGCACAGCUGGACAGGAAGUAACGGCAUACGAGGCGAUGUCAUCACUGGUCAACUACAUCCAGCCAAACAAAUUUAUCUGUUUUGACAAUGCCAGAAAAAAAAACAAGAGUUACGUCAUCUCAUCUUUUGUGGAGACCAAAGGGGAAGCUAUGAUUGCCAAGAAUGCUGUUGAAUUCGUGGAAUAUAAUAAAAGGCAGAUGAGCAGGAUUUACCCCAAAGGAACAAGAAUGGACUCUUCCAAUUUCAACCCCCAGCCCUUUUGGACAGUCGGCUGCCAGAUGGUGGCAUUAAACUAUCAGACAAUGGACUUCCCCAUGCAGCUGAACACGUCUCUGUUUGAAUUCAAUGGGAGGACGGGCUACAUCCUCAAGCACGACGUCCUGCGACGUGGUGACAAGAAGUUUGACCCUUUUUGCGACAGGAUUGACACAGUUGUGGCGAUCACACUGACCAUUAAGAUCUAUUCGGGACAGUUUCUGUCUGAGAAGAAUGUGAGAACAGGAGUUGAGGUGGAGGUCAUCGGGCUGCCAGGAGACCCCAAGAAGAAAUAUCGCACCAAGUGGUCCACCACACCCAACUCCAUUAACCCAGUGUGGAAUGAGGAACCUUUUGUUUUUGAAAAGAUUCUUCUCCCAGAAAUGGCCUCUCUGAGAAUGGUAGUCCAUGACGAAAAUGGCAAAUUCAUUGGACACAGGAUCAUUCCACUUGAUGCCAUUCAGUCAGGCUUCCAUCACAUCUGCCUGCGUAGCGAGAGCAACAUGCCGCUCACUCUGCCUGCUCUUUUUGUGUACAUCGAGGUCAAGGACUACAUCCCUGCUGCUUUUGCAGAUUUCACAGAUGCUUUAUUCAAUCCAACAAAGGGCAGAGAGAAGACUACAAGGAUACCCAAAGAGCAGUCAUCUGCAGACUACCUUUCUCCCUAUGAGUUGCCUUUUGUGGCCCAAACUGAGCUAACUGAAGCAACAGAACCAACAGUAGAAAAGGUGCUCUGUGAACCAAACCCGCUCAUUGAAGCAUGUCGGGACCCACCGUCCCAACAUGAUGCUCCACCUGAGCCCAAUGCCGAAGACACUGCAGAAGAGUCCAUGUCAGACACUCCAAGAAAUGAAAACCUUCCUCCAGUUGCCGAUGCAACAGAUGCUGCACCCAAACUUGGAAGUGCCACAUGUGAGACACUUCCAGGUGCCCCUGAAAAGGUUGCCCCUGAGGAAGAGCAUGAGACAAUAAUCAAAGACCUGGAGGAGUCAUGCACUGACUCCACAGACUCUGAGCUUAUUUCAGAUGAUAAACCAGUUGAAGACGAGGUUCAAGGAGAGCCCACGCAUUUAAAUUCAUCAGCCGAAUGUGCAGAGUCCGAUAAAUCAUCUUCAACUUGUAGUGAAGAAUCUUCCACUGUGACGACCGGAGAACUGACACAGCAAAAAGGCUACUUGAAGGUCAUCAAGCGUCAGGAGAAAGAGACGAAAGAAACAGAGCAGAAGUAUGAGAGAAAAGCAGCAGAUCUGACCCAGAAAUACUCCGAAACUUUCAAGGCUUGCAAGAAAAAGUCAUCGCUGAAGAAGAAAGACACCUGCCUGAUUGGAGGAAGCACAUCGGACCACAGCAUGAACACUGUGACGGAGAACAAGCAGAAAAUGCAAUCCGAGCUGCACGCUUUGUGGAUGGAACAGUAUGAUCGGCUUAAGAGGAAGAAGGAGCAAUGUGCAACAGAGAGACUGGCUAAGCUGAUGGAGAUGGCCUCCGAGAGACACAGCAUUGAACUGAAGAUCUUGGGCAGUGAAAUCAAAAAGUGCAAGAGGAAGACAAAAUCUUCAGGCUCAGAAAAGCUUAAAAAAGCAGCAAGUAUGGAGUUGUUGGAUGGGCCUGACGCAUCAGACUGUGUGCCUUGCGAUUACAGCACUCGGCAAGAAACUCUGAUGGCGAAACAGGCAGCUACACUAGAGGAGAUCAAGGCUCUGACAAAUCAGGAGAUGCUGAGGCAGCUGAAGUCAGCCCUCUGCUACACCACAAAGCACUCCAGGACCGUUCAAAAGCUGCAAUUCCAGCAUGAACAUGUAAAAUGCAACAAAAUGUCAUUCCGGACUUUCUUACAAAAGAAUCUGAGAGAGAACAUCAAGGACAGGAGUAGAGCGAGGCCAAAACAGAGAGGUUUUUAAACCUUGAAAGAAUGCUUGAUAGGGUUUAAGCAUUUGUUGAUGUUCAGAAAGUUUGUUAUACUGUGAUUUCUAUUUGAUACGUUUUCUAUUUUUAGAAAUGUUGUUACAGUGCUGGUUGUUAGCUGUUAUUUAUUAGAGUUGUUUGAUGUUUUGCAGUAAAUGUCACAGUUUGUAAAAAAAAAAAAAAAAAAAAGUUGUGGUGAUGUAUUCACCUUACUUUAUGGUAGGAAACAUUUAUUAUGAACAGUUGAAUUAUGUCAUCUGCCUAUGUCACAGCCGGCAAGUGGUGAAGGGUGAUGAUGUGAUUCAAGUGGUGUCCCAUUUCUUAGUGGCUUCGUCCCCUUGGCCCGAGGUUUUGAGGGGAAGGAGAAGGGGCAAGGCGAAGGGGAAGGGCUAAAAGAUGGAAUUGGGAUUCGGCCUAAGUCUCAAGGGGGGCUACGAAAACACUUCCUCACAAAAUAUAUCAGACAAGCAGCUACUCAAAGUGAUGUGGAAAGAAAAAAAAAUCCUUUUAAUGAUAAAUUACACAUUUUUUAUUCCAAUGUGCAGAUAAAUGUCAUGGCUUCUUGCUGUGCACAUGUAAUUUGUUCCCACCAGAUCUCAGCUUCAUACUCGGUACAAUAAAUAACAGCGACAAGGCAAUGUCCUCGUCAGUGAGAGCCACUUACUUCGUCAAGUGUUGACAUACCAUUAUGGAUUUUUUUUUUUGUAAUGAACACAGCUUUUUCCUUGACUCACCAACCAGAGCAAUCUGGCCUGGCCCUAUACUUCCUGUUGUUCUCUUUCAUCGGUACACGGUUCUUCUCAAUCAAAUGACUUGACUGACAUUUAAAAUUGGACUGAAGAUGCGGACAGCCUCGUGUGGGAGACACAGCUUGUGCCUGAGAGUCCCGCCACCUCUUGCACAACACAGAAGAACUGUGAACUCCUCGAGUGUGAAACGGUGACUCAUUGGGCUCAUCGUUUUACAUAAAGAGGCUCCCCGAUAACUUGUCUCAUACCAGCUGGUGUAAGAUGGCACGAGAAGGGGUUGGAACCAGGCGACACUUUGGCCACACGCUGACACUGGACAGGAAGCCAAGUAGAGGAGGAAGCACGUUUCUACACAUGAAUUAUAGUGCAGACAAACAGAAAACUCAAGGCUGACUGCUAGAAUAACAGCAGUGCAUGCACAUUUGGAGGGAAAAAUAGACUAAAUUGUAUGAUUGGAUUUGUUCAGCACGAAAGCUGAAGUAGGCACUAAGAAAAAGGGUGACUCAUUCCCGUUGUGUACCAGUGAUGUGUCAGUCGUGAACGAAUCGGUCCUAAGAGCCGGCUUUUUGUAAGAGCCGGCUCGCGUCGUUUUCGUUUUCCUCGUCUUUUUUUCUGUUGAAGGUGAAUGUCAUUGGUGAAGAUGUGUGGCAGCGUCUCUGUGUCCACACUGAGCAGGUGGAGGGACGGGGUUAAACACAUGCUGUGGUGCUCUUAGAGCCGAUACGUUAGUGAGAAAUUAGCAUGAAGAAAUUUGACCUAUUUUGACUUACUUUGUCUAUUGAGAUGGGU